AUGAAGGUCGUACUCCCAGUCAUCACGGUUCUUGCUCUCACGAUCACCGAAGCCUCAGCAUGGAAAGUCUGGACGAAUUGGAACAACAACUGCGGAGGCGACAGCUACUACACCCAGGCUCAAAGUGGAAGAGCUUGUCUCAACAUUGCUCCUCGAAGUGAUGGAGUCCUCCCUCGCAGUUUCACCUGGAACUCACAAGGAGAAAGCGGCUGUACUGCGAGUAUCUGGACACAAUUGAACUGCGGUGGUCAGUUGCUUGAUGCUACAACUCAAGAUGGUACUUGUCUGCUUGGAAGAUUUAAAAGUUAUAGUAUCAAUUGCUGA